GAAUCUAGCAGCUUCGGGCCUUGCCUACUCACUGCCUGCAGUCUCGUCUAGUCAUUGAUGUUGUGUUGCAAAUUUACAUUUCCACUACCCACUUUUUUGUCAGGAAAUGCUGACCGGGAGCCCAAACGGUUCCGCCAUCUUGCGUUUAAAAAGGUUGGAAUGAGGUCCCGGAGCAGUGGAGAAUCUCCAUCUCAUGGACGCGCAUCCAGGGAUAACAACUAUGAAGGUGAGGAAAGCACUUCUAUGGGCAGUAAAAAGAAGAAGAAAACUCAUCGUCAAAAUGAUGGAGAAAAGGUAAUGGGUGUAUCAGGUCCUGUAAAGAAACAACAGAAACCAUUUGAAGAAAAUGAGCGACAAAAGAAGUUACUGGAGCUCUCCAAAGAUGACCUCCUGCGUCUGCUCAGCAUAAUGGAAGGAGAAAUUGAGUUGGAUUUGCUGGUGGAGAAGCACAGAGAGACAUAUCGACGUAUGUUGGAACAAUUACUUCUGGCUGAGAAGUGUCAUAGGCAUACUGUGUAUGAAUUGGAGAAUGAGAAACACAAGCACACAGACUACAUGAACAAGAGUGAUGACUUCACCAACCUUCUUGAACAAGAUCGAGAGAGGUUGAAGAAAUUGCUUGAACAAGAAAAAUCCUACCAGGCACGGAAGGAAAAAGAGAACAACAAGCGAUUGAGCAAAGUGCGAGAGGAGUUGGGCAAGUUGAAAUCAUUUGCACUGAUGCUAGUGGAUGAACGACAGAUUCACAUUGAACAGCUCGGCCAGCAAGCGCAGAAGUUGCAGGAACUGGGCCAGAAGCUCCAAGAGGAGGAAGCGAAAUUCCAAAGUCUUGAUGAGAGAGCUAGGGAGGAAAGUCAGAAGGUAAUCCGGCUUGAGGCAGAACUUGGACACAAGUCUGCCAAGUCUUUGCAGGAGCAUGAUGAGAUGAUGGCCAAACUAGCCACCCAAGAAUCUCAGAACCGCCAGUUACGACAAAAGCUGUCCAGUUUAAACCGCCGACUUGAACAGCUGGAGGAAGCUAACAAGAGCCUACAGAAGGCCGAGGAGGAACUUCAGGAAUUGCGGGCUAAAAUUAGCCAUGGGCAGUGUGGAAAUUCCAGUCUGAUGGCUGAGGUGGAAAACCUGCGAAAGCGGGUACUGGAGAUGGAGGGAAAAGAUGAAGAGAUAACUAAGGCAGAAGAUCAGGGCAGAGAACUAAAAAAGAAAUUGGAAAAGGAAGAGCUCCACAGUAAGGACUUGAAACUGGAAGUGGAAAAACUACAGAAGAGAAUGGUUGAUCUAGAAAAGUUGGAAGGUGCCUUUAACAAAAGCAAAUCUGAGUGUUCACAGUUGCAUGUUAGCUUAGAUAAAGAAAGGAAUCUGACCAAAGACUUGGCCAAUGAGUUGGAAUUGGUGAAAGCCCGAGUGAAAGAACUCGAAACAUCAGAGGCCAGACUGGGAAAAAGUGAAUUCCUCUUGAAAGAUGACUUGACAAAGCUGAAGUCUUUUACUGUGAUGUUAGUAGACGAGAGGAGAAGUGUGGCAGAAAAGUUGCAUCAGGAAGAACAGAAAGUGAAUGACCUUAAUAGCAAGUUGAUGCAGGAACAAAAUAAAACAACAGAGGUAACAGAAAAACUGAUCGAAGAAAGCAAGAAGCUUCUCAAAUUGAAAUCCGAGAUGGAGGAGAAAGUGUCUGCCCUGCUCAAUGAAAGAAAUGAUUUGAAGGUAAAGCUCCACGAUGAAGAACAAAAAUCUAAUGAGCUGAGCUUUAGAGUUGGCCUGUUGAAGAAGAGGCUUGACCGUGUGGAAGAGGCUGAAAGUGAUACCCUCCGAAAUAAGACCAAGAAAGAAAUCGUCAGACUUCCGGAAGACACUGGACUCGACAAUAACAGAAUAAAAGAACUAACGCUGGAAAUCGAGCUGUUGAAAUCUCGAUUGAAGCAGUUGGAGGUGGUGGAAGGUGACCUGAUGAAGACUGAGGAUGAAUACGAUCAGCUCGAGCAGAAAUUCAAGACCGAGCAGGACAAGGCGAAUCUCUUGACCCAGCAGCUAGAAGAAAUGAAAAAGCAGAUGACCAGGGGCAAGCUUACAGAGAAAGGAGAAGCCCUGAGCCAGGAGGCCGAGGCCCGCAACCGGCUUCGACUUGAGGAGGCGGAGGUUCAAGCACUCAAGGAGAAGAUUCAUGAGCUGAUGAACAAGGAGGACCAGCUCUCCCAACUGCAGGCCGAUUACUCCAUCCUCCGGAAGAAGUUCCAACAAGAGGAGAGCAAAAACAAGGACAUGGGCCAGGAGGUGGUCAGCUUGGCGAAGGAGCUGGAGCUUUCCAAACGCUACAGCCGGGCCCUGAGGCCCUGCCUCAAUGGCAGAAGGAUGGUCGAUGUCCCCGUUACAUCCACUGCCGUCCAGACCGAGAGCCCGUCCAACGGGCUUGGGGAAGAAGACAAUGCCGCGGUUUUUAUCCGAAAGUCCGUCCAAGAAGAGAACCACCUGAUGAGCAACCUGAGACAGAAGAAGCCCGUGGAGCGGCCCUCAGUGCUGGAGCGCUACCCGCCGGCCGCCAACGAGUUAAACCUGAGGAGAUCCUGGAUCCCCUGGAUGAAGAAGAAGGAGAACGGCCCCGAAAGAGCCACCCAGGCCAGUGCAAGCCCCAGGGAGGUGAUCGUGGCCCAGAGGCAGGGCCAGCCAUUGCACAUUCGGGUGACCCCUGACCACGGCAACAGCACAGCCACUCUGGAAAUCACCAGCCCGUCGGCCGAGGACUUUUUCUCCAGCACUACAGUUAUCCCCACCCUAGGCCAACAGAAGCCACGCAUCACCAUCCUGCCCGCCCCCACUGUCGCCGCGUCCAAAGGCAAAGCCUCAAACAGCUCCUUCUCCCCGGAGAGAGCAGUGUCUCCCGUUACCAUCACCACUUUCUCCAGGGCCACCUCCCCUCCAGCGAGAGGCAAGGCUACCUUUCUGGACACGUCCGCUUGUCCGGACAGAGCCGCCUCCCCCAUUCAGAUCAUGACAGUUUCCACCUCGGCAGCCCCCGAGUCUUCAGCCCCUCCAGAUCAAGGCCAGGAACCAGGCACGGGACGGGCAGUUUUCAAAGUGUCCCCGGAGAAACAGCCGGCGCCAUCACCGACUCGAAGAUACAGCCCAAACGCGAACAUCAUAACGACCGAGGACAACAAGAUUCACAUCCACCUGGGCAGUCAGUUUAAAAGGCCCAGCAGCAGCUACACUGAAGAGACCAGCUCUCUGAUAACUGUUCGGCCUCUGUCUGUCGCUGGUGGCGGCGAGAACAAGGAGGUGACAAUGGGAACGGUUCUACGCUCCCCUCGUAACUGCACUGCCCCUAAAAACUCACCCAACAAAAUGACCAGCAGCAUCACUAUAACUCCAGCCAGUACCACAUCCACAAGAACUACACAGUCAGUGGCAGCACAGGAGGGGUCAACACAACGGCCCACACCGACACGCAUCCCCAUGUCAAAAGGUAUGAAAGCAGGAAAACCAGGAGUGCAAGCCAUUGGAGCAGGAGGUGUGGCAAAAUAUGAAUCUCGUACUGAGAGCCAGUUAAUGAGAAUUGAACUGAAGAAGUCUCCUGUCAGCAGUCCGAUCUCUCAGGCUGGGGGGAAGGGCUGAGGAUGGAGAU